UCAUUGGCGCCAUUUCAACUCUGGAGCCUGGACAUUGGGUCUGAGAAAAACCUUCCCUCCUCAGUCCCUUCAGUAGCCUCAUCGAAAGACCAGCGAACGCCCCCACUUGACCCGACCGGUAAGAACCUGAAGAAUGACGACGGAGGUGGUCUCUCUCAUGGACAUCGACGGCGACGAAGAAAACAACAACCACGACCACCCUCCGAAGUCGGACAAGGGCAAAAGCGUCGUCGUCUCCGGCACUUCACCGGAUGGCAAGGCCACGCCGUGGGUCGAGAAGUACCGACCUCAGUCGCUCGCCGAUGUCGCCGCUCAUCGCGACAUUGUGGACACCAUUGAUAGGUUGACGAGUGAGAACAGGUUGCCACAUCUAUUGCUGUAUGGCCCUCCUGGCACGGGCAAAACCUCGACCAUACUGGCAGUGGCUCGCAAGCUUUAUGGAGCACAGUAUCACAAUAUGAUCUUGGAGUUGAAUGCAUCUGAUGACAGAGGCAUCGAUGUUGUGCGGCAGCAGAUUCAAGACUUUGCUAGCACUCAGAGCUUCUCAUUUGGUGCUAAGUCCUCUGUGAAGUUGGUGCUGCUGGACGAGGCUGAUGCCAUGACAAAGGAUGCCCAAUUUGCACUGCGCAGAGUGAUUGAGAAAUACACAAAGCACACUAGGUUUGCUCUGAUCUGUAAUCAUGUCAACAAGAUCAUUCCAGCUUUACAAUCUAGAUGUACCAGAUUCAGAUUUGCUCCUCUCGAUCGCAUCUAUGUUGCAGAUCGACUUAAACAUGUCAUAGCAGCUGAGGGGCUUGAUGUAACUGAGAGUGGCUUGGAGGCACUUGUACGACUCAGCAACGGUGACAUGAGAAAGGCUUUGAACAUCCUGCAGUCGACGCAUAUGGCUUCUCAACAAAUAACAGAGGAAGCUGUCUACCUCUGUACUGGAAAUCCACUGCCCAAAGACAUUGAGCAAAUAUCUUAUUGGCUUCUAAAUGAAUCUUUUGCUACGAGUUUGAGACGAAUAUCUGAUAUUAAGACAAGGAAAGGUUUGGCCGUGUUGGACAUCGUUAGGGAAGUGACAAUGUUUGUAUUUAAAAUCAAGAUGCCAUCAGAUGUUCGUGUCCAGUUGAUUAAUGAUUUAGCAGACAUUGAGUACAGGUUGAGCUUCGGAUGCAACGAUAAAUUGCAGCUGGGAUCGGUCAUUGCCUCUUUCACGCACGCUCGUGCUGCGCUGGUUGCUGCCGUGAAGUAGAUACGCCAUAGGUUCAACUCGUUUCCACCCUUGGCCCUACUAACAUUUAUCAGAGUUCUAUUACCCAUGGCAUGCAAUGUUUAAUUGGAUCAUAUCUUGUGGUGCUUUUUGUUCAGUGGAGUAGCUCUCAACAGUAAAAAAUAUACAAGGAUGGUUGCAAAUCGAUACUGCACUGGUCCUGAA